AUGGAAGCUGAAGCGAGGCUCCGUGUGCUCACAAAAGAGCGCGCAGGCUAUAUGCAACGCAUGACGCAACUGGAGACCAAACGGGAUGAGGCUAUCCGUGAAGCGGCUCUCAUCAAUGGACGAGCUAGCGCCGAGCGUGAGGUGACACUAGCGAGAAAUCGCGAGUUGGCUGAAAUACGUGAAGAACGGGACGCCAUCCGACGCGAGUUGUACGAUUUGGGCCAGCUGCGGUUGGCCGAUCUGGCGGAAAAACAGAAUGAACUGGUACAAUUGCGGGCUCGUCUGCGUGAGGUUGAGACGCAGGGACAGGCCAAGUUGGAACAGACAACUAUGGAGCUGGAAAGGCUCCGAGAGGAGCUUGAAAAUCUUCAGGUAACCGGGCUAAAUGUUACAUUGCAUUCUUUUCCUUUCUGUCCCUGCAACCGGCAGACCGAGGUGCAGUUGUCACAGGCCUCCGAACUCAAUCAGAAAGCUAACAACCGUCAGCUGAAGCGUCAGGUAACCGAACUCGAGGACCACAUGGAGAGCUACACCCGCAAAGUGGUCGACCUCGAGCAUCAGGCCAGCGACCUGGAGGCUGAGUUGUCACGGACGAAGGCCCAGCUGGUGGCUGUCCGGAAGGCCGGGCAGACGGCCUAUCGGGCCGGGCAGGCGAGGGCGAUGGAAGACUGGUCGUCGAUUGGCCACUCGUUUGGGGGCGCCGUCUCCGGAGAACUAGACUGCAUGGACGACCAGGCCGUCGAGGAAGCGAUGGACGCAACAACCUCGCCAGUGGGCAAAUACUCUGAGGUUCCCUCGGUGGCCAAGAGGAUGAUCGACAGGUUGGUAAAAAUGCCAAGUUCAACCACAUCAGCCGCCGUCGCGGAUAUGAAAUAA